AUGGACAACCGGCCCGCCUCCGAGUACGCACAGCAAGGUUCGCACCACCCAAACACCGUCACCGACGCACCUUCUGAACAAAAACCUGCAGACCAAAAUUCUGCUGCUGCUGCUCACUACACCCCGCAACCCGAGGUCCGCCCUACGCCGCAGUACACGCCGCAGCCUGAGGUGCGACCCAAUAUUUCCUCGGCCAACACCCCUCAGUCGGACUACGGUUUGAACCCUCCGCCGACCGCCCGCUCGCCUGCCUACCAGGACUACCUUCACCGUCCUCCCCAGUCAUACGCCCCCAACUCCCAACCGGGCGCUGCGGCAGGUAUGGCUCAAGCAACAAGUCCGUUCAUCAACACCUUGCCUACGGGCCCGCGCAGUCCGCACUCAAAGUCUGACGCGCCCGUUCCUAUAGAUCCUUCGCUUCCGGCCAACAGCCCCACCUACCCUCCCCCUACUCUCCCUAUCAGCCUCAGGGGCACGAGAUGGCGCAGUACCAGGGUCACCCCCCCUCCGCCUCAGCAUAUGUAUGCGCGCCCGGAUUGGCCGCAUAGCUAUGGACAACAGCAUCAUGGAUUGCCGGGACCUUACGCCUCCCCGGCCACAACGGUCUACUCAUUUGUCCCAAUUCCUGGCGCACAACAGCACAAGCGUCCUCGUCGCCGUUACGAGGAAAUUGAGCGCAUGUAUAAGUGUGGAUGGAACGGAUGUGAGAAAGCAUAUGGUACUCUAAACCAUUUGAAUGCACACGUGACUAUGCAGUCGCAUGGCGCGAAGCGCACUCCUGAGGAAUUCAAGGAAAUCCGCAAGGAAUGGAAGGCUCGCAAGAAGGAGGAAGAGGCUCAGCGCAAGGCUAUUGAGGAGCGUGAGCGUGCUGCCGCUCAGGCUGCCCAGGCCAACCAGGUCGAGCCUCCCAACCCUUCUGACCCAUCCCACGGACAGCCACCUGCCUACGCCGGUGGAGUCCGCCCUCAACUCCCUCCGAUCGGCUACCAGCCUGCGGAUAGCCAGCCCCCCAGCCAGUACGGUGGUCCCCCUGGCAGUGGCAUGGUCUACCAGAACAAUGCACAGAUGGCCUACCCUCCCAACUACCCUCACUCUCCCUACCAGAGCGGACCUGUGUACCCGCAACAGACUCAAUCCGCCAACUAUCCGCAAUAA